GGCGCAAGUUGAGAGUUCAGCAGCGUCGUGGGGGAACAGACGGUAAUCUCUGACCUGAACCCUCGACGAGACACGCCUUCUAUUCAUACAAUCUGCCAUUCUCUCCCUUUCGCAUCCCUUUGCAAGACCUCUCUCCCUCUUUCUCACCACAUACCGGCUGAUCCGGUGAGUUGCUCCAGCCAUGAAGAAAGCAUUACACAAGCUCGUGCCCGGCCACCACCGCCGGAGCACCAGCGCCAGCGGCAACUACAGCAACUCGGACAGCGGCACUCCCACAUCUGCCAGUAGAGCCAGUACAGACAUGUCGGAGCGCCCUCGCCAGUCAAUGGACAUGGUCUCUCGCCCCAGCGAUAAGUCUCGUUUUGCAUCACCAAGAAACUCUGGUUCUAUCGACACUCGCAAGUCCCUUGAUGUCAGCCGUGCCUCGACUGAUCUGAGCCAUCGCCGCCAAUCUCGUUCUACUUCCCACCACAGAGCCACACACAGUCCAUUGGGCGCUUUCAGACACAAGCUCCGUCGCGGUUCUUCAUCCUCUUCGUCCAACGAUGGUCGUCCCCUGAACGCCGCUGGCGAGCCCAUGUCUAAGGCACAGCUGCGUAAGCGCGACAGACAACUGAGGAAAGAGCAAAGACACAAGAAGGCUGAGGAGCACGCUGCUGCUGACCGCAAGUUGCAACAACAAACACAGGCACGUGCCGAAGCUGAGGAGACUGGUGACAUGAAGAGCAAGUAUGGCAUCUUGCCUCUGAACUACUACGCUCCCGCCCAGCCUCCGAACGAGAAGAGAGUGAGCUUCCUCGACCUGUCCGAGAGAGAUGUUGGUCAGUGGGUCACUUUCCGUGCUCGUGUUCACAUGAUCCGCCAGAUCAGCAGCCGACGUGUCUUUAUCGCCCUGCGCCAACAGACCGCCUCUAUGCAGGGUGUCCUUCAUGAGCACGCUGGCGUCUCGCUUGGGAUGGUGUACUGGGCCAAGCAUCUCAAACUCGAGUCUGUUGUUCGCGUGCGCGCCGUGGUCCAAGAGCCCAAGGCCAAGCAAGGCAAGAUUACAGGCUGCUCCAUUGGCAACCUCGAACUCUCCAUCCACGAGUUGCACGUUGAAGGCUCCAGGACUGCUCCUCUGCCAUUCAACGUGGCCGAAGCAGAAGUCACCCGCGAGAUGGCCGAGGCCACCAAGAACGCUCGUCACCACGUCUCUGACCGUACUCGUCUCGCCAACCGCAUCAUCGACCUCCGCACAAACACUUCGCAGAGCAUCUUCCGUGUUCAGUCUGGUGUCUCGUCCUUCUUCCGCGAGUACCUCCGCGGUCAAGGCUUCAUCGAGAUCCACACUCCAAAACUUCAAGGUGGUGCCACAGAGUCAGGUGCUAGUGUCUUCAAGGUCGAUUACUUUGGCAGACCUGCUUUCCUGGCUCAGUCGCCUCAAUUGGCCAAGCAGAUGUGUAUCUCGGCCGACUUUGGCAAGGUCUUCGAGAUUGGUGCCGUCUUCCGUGCUGAGAACAGUAAUACACACAGACACAUGACCGAGUACACCGGUCUUGAUUUGGAAAUGGCCAUCGACGAGCACUACCACGAGGUUCUCCGCACACUUGACGGACUCUUCAAGUUCAUGUUCAAGAAGGUCUACGAGAACUACCGUCACGAGAUCGACACAUUGAAGACGCACUUCCCUCACGAGGAUCUGGUCUGGCUCGACAAAACCCCCAUCAUUCCCUUCGCCGAAGGUAUUCGCCUGCUCAACGAGUCUGGCUGGAGAGACGAUAACGGUAACCCUCUGCCCGAAGACGAGGAUCUUGGCACCCGCGACGAGAUCCAGCUUGGUAAGGUGAUCAAGCAAGUUUACGGCACAGAUUACUAUGUCCUCGACAAGUUCCCUGCCGGUGCCAGACCUUUCUACGCCAUGCCCGACCCCGAAAACUCAAAGAUUACAAACUCGUUCGAUAUUUUCCUCCGUGGUCAAGAGAUUCUUUCCGGUGGUCAGCGUAUUCACGACGUGAAGAUGCUGACCAAGCAAAUGGAGCGUCUGAAGAUGGACCCCGAGACACUAGACGAGUACAUGCAAGGAUUCGCCUGGGGAGCUCCUCCUCACGGUGGUGGUGGUAUUGGUCUCGAGCGUAUGCUUAUGUUGUUGCUCUCGCUUGGCGACAUUCGUCAUGCAACUCUCUUCCCUCGUGAUCCCAAGUCACUCCCCGCAAAGCCCGUCAUCAAGCAACUCAGACAUCCCGAAGCCAGCACCCUGCACCCUCCAUGGGAAGGCCAGGACCGUCACUCCGCUGGAAUGGAGCUUCCCUCUGUCGAAAUGCUCAUCGCCAACUACGGAGACGCCUCCAACACAUCUUGGCUCGAGCCUCGUACCGAGAUCUGGAGAGACGACGCCACCGGUGCCGCUGUCGGUUUCGUGCCUCACCAAGGAUACGCCAUCACCGUUGGUGAUCCUCUGUGUCACAAGAGCCAGUACGCUCGCACUAUCGCCGGUUACCUGCACUACAUCAAGAAAGAGCGUGGAAUCAAGCCACUGUGGCUCCUUUGUGGUGGUGAUGUCGAGGAAGUUCUCUCAUCACACCAAUUCGACUGGCGCACAUUCUCCGUCGCCGCUGAGCAACGUCUGGACCCUGGUAACAACCCGGCCGUCCAUGACCACGAUAUCCAACGUAAGAUCCGUCACGCAAGCAAGGAAGGUGUCAAAGUGCACGAUUACCCCCUGGGCACACCAGUGCCGGCCGAACUCAAGCAAAAGAUUGAUGCACGCAUCAAGGACUGGUUGGCAAACCGCAAGGGCAAGCAGGUGCAUCUUACAGACAUCCACCCUUGGCAAGACGAGGAACAUCGUCAAUACCACUACACCACCGACAAGGACGGCAAGAUUGCCGGUUUCGUUAUCAUGGCUCAACUGUCGCCCGACCACGGCUGGCAGGUCAAGUUCUCGCUUGAUUUCCCUGGUGCACCUUCAGGUGCCAUCGAGUUGCUCGUCAUGCACGCACUUUCGCAGGUCGCGGCUGGUGGUGCCACUUCGGUCACCUUCGGUGGUGGUGCCAGUUCCAAGCUGACGCCCGGUCACAACCUCAAGGGCACUCGCAUCAAGGUCUUGAGCAAGGCCUACCACGCUAUCGCCACCGAGCUCAAGCUCACCGCCAAGUCAGAAUUCAGAGAGAAGCUCGGCGCCCAAGAUGACCCCAUCUACGUAUGCUACCCGCCGCACGGUCUUGGUCCUGGAGGUGUCAAGGCCAUCUUGACCUUCUUCGAGGACACGGAUGACGGCAAUCAAUAGAAAGGACGCCGGCGACGAAGACGUGGGCGAUGGACACACGUCCUGUUUUCCUUUCUCUUUUGAUUUUACAUGGACAUUUGUACAGACGGAGAAGCCUCUCGAAUAUUUGGACAUGACAUGGCUAGUAAUAGCCAAACAGCAGCGAUACCACCUUUCUUCUUUUUCUUCAUCUCAUUGUUGUCAAACCCCCCUUGU